AUGUCGAAACACUUGGACUCGACUAUGACCGCACAUAUCCGCCUCUCAUUCUACUUGAUAGACCAAUGGGUCACUUUCAUUUCUAUCCCACGAGGGGAAUUUACCAAUUACACUACUAGACCUCUGAAAUGGCUACGAUAUGUUGGCUCGACGAUCUAUGGUCGAGAGGGUAUUCUCAAAGGGGGACCAGAUGACUCAGAGAUCGAAGACUACACGACAGAGGAUGUGAAUAUCCUGCUUUCCGA